AUGGCACCAACUUCAAAGUACGUGGCUGUGGUUGCUAUCGAUUUUGGAACCACCUACAGCGGAUUUUCUUUCUCCUUCUAUGGCAAUAGAGGCGAAGGAGGGAUUCACAUGAACAGAGAAUGGGGAAACGAAGAAGGACGGAGCACAUUGAAGACUCCAACGUCAAUUCUUCUAUCUCCCAAAUUAGAAUUUGACUCUUUUGGAUACGAAGCUGAUGAUAAAUAUGUCCACCUCAAGAACGGAGUGGACAAGGAGUACUAUUACUUGAAACAUUUUAAGAUGGAACUGCACAAAUCAAAGACCUUAGACCGGAACACUAAGCUUGUGGCAGCCAAUGGAAAGCAAAUAGAUGCCAUGAUCGUUUUCUCGCUGUCGAUAAAAUACAUGAAGGAUGAAGCAAUCAAAACCAUACGUCAAAGAACAGGAAACGCCUCGUAUGAUGCAAAGGACAUCCAGUGGGUCCUCACUGUUCCUGCCAUAUGGUGUCCAGGAGCCAAACAGUUUAUGAGAGAAGCCGCGUGCACGGCUGGAAUCACUUCUGAAAACACCAAGGAGCAGUUAAUAAUCGCAUUGGAACCUGAAGGUGGAGCAAUCUUCUGUCGAGAAAGAAGUCUGAGAGAUUUUUCCGACCAAAAAGGAGAUGCUAGUAUUUCUGACGUCUUUACUCGUCCUGGUCAUUCUUAUGCAAUGGUUGAUAUUGGAGGCGGGACGCUAGAUGUUACGGUUCAUGAGGUCCUCACUGACGGCAGUAUCAAAGAAGUUCACCAAGUGAGUGGGGGUCCUUUCGGUGGUAUUUACGUUGACCAAAAGUUUGAGCACUUACUUGAAAAUCUUUUCGAAAGGGCAACCAUCAGGAAAUUCCGCACCGAUUAUCCGGCAGACUGGCUGCGCAUGAUGAAUGAAUUUGAAAUGAAGAAAAGGGGAAGGCGAGCUUUUGACGACAAGCCCACUCGAAUAACUCUCCCCCGUAGCUUCCUUAACCAGGUGUAUAAACCCGGAAAGUCUGAUGUGGCCGGACGCCUUGCAAUGUCUUGCAACAUUAGGGAUGUAGAAAUAUACAACGAUGAGUUUAUCUGCUUGGGGCCCACUGCGAUGAAGAGCCUUUUUUAUCCAGUAGUUUCUGGAAUUGUUGGCCACUUAGAAGGACUGUUGAGAAAACCUGAACUGCAGAACCUGACUUGCCUCUUCAUGGUUGGUGGUUUUGCUGAGUCAGUAAUUCUGCAGGAAGCCAUGAAGACGGCAUUUAACAUGAGAUUUCCAAUAUUAAUUCCCAACUACGCUGGUAUUGCAGUUGUUCAAGGCGCAACCAUGUUUGGCCAGAAGCCUGAGGUGAUCUCUUCCAGAAUUAUGGCUACGACGUAUGGUUUUGGCGGAAUCAGAUCCUUUAAUCCCAAGACAGACGACCCAAAGAAGAAGUUUAUCGUUCUGGGUGAAGAAAAGUGCAACGAUAUCUUUGAGAUCAUUGUAAAGGAAAAUGAGAGUGUAAAAGUAGGAGAGAAGAGGUGUUUCACUCGAUACCCCUUAUACCCCGAUCAAAAGAAUGCAGUGACUCGGUUUUACACUUCUACUGAUGUAAAUGUCAAAUACACAACAGACCACUCUGUCGGACCCAGUAUAGGAAAUUUGUCCGUCGAAUCGCCUAACACUUCACUUGGAAAGAAUCGCGAUAUCGAGUUAAGCGUCUUCUUCGGAGGAACUGAAAUAAAAGCAACUGCGGUAGAUAAGGCAAGUAUGAACACCGCUGUUGUGUACCUCGACUUUCUGUGUAAAUCUUAAAUGCGCCUAAGGUUUCCUUCGUCGGAUUCUCCUCCAACGGUCUCUUAUUAGUGAUUUGCAGGAGGAGUAUAGUAUGGUGAAAGCAAAGAUAAAAUUUGCACUGUACUUCUCUGGUAAUUUUUUGGGUGGUCUUUGUUCGUUACUCUAGUAAAAUAAAAUAUGUACACAGCAACAUCCGACACGAGAAAAAAAACAGGUUUUACUUUUGUUCAGCAGUAUUCCUAAUAUUGUAUUCAAGUUGAAAUUUGAACUUCCGUUUUUAAUAGAUUUGCAGUUCUCGUCUCUUUGUAGAGAGGGGAAAUGGUACUUAAGAAAACCAAUAUAGGAAUAACAAUUGAGUCAAUUGAGAUUUUAUCGAAAACGAGGUUAGAAUUUAGGAGGCCAAUAAUGAAUUUGUAUUACUCAUAGUACUGAAAUACAAAUAUUAAAUACAAAGUAAGGCACAGGGGAAAAAAUGGGCAUACUUUAGACACUUAUUUACAACCAUACGGUGUGUUGCUUUUAAUUCUAGACAUACAUGUGUAAUCGUACCAGAUACAAAAAUAUAUAUUGAGUAUGAGGAAUAAAAAUUGAGCUCACAAGACUGAUCUAAGGAUAUUCACGGUUUUCGAAAUUCUUCUCAAGGAUCAGCGUAAAAACGCUUUCAAAUCACAAGGUUAGUUUCUUGCUAUGUAAAUCAUGACAACAGUUUCAAUUUUACAUUUUUGCAGUUGUAAUUCACUAAAAGUUACAUCAAAAGACCAUGAGGUGAAGUUCUCUUGGUUAUGGUAGGAUUUGGCACGUAUAGGAUAAACACCCUCAGAGAAAAGGCGAUUUUAGUGAUCGGCAUUAGAUUCAGUUUACUUAAAGUCGAGUUACUCACUAUUACUUGCUUCAUUUAACCCUUAGUUAUCUCUUCCGAAAAUUUUUUGUAGCCACGAUAUAGCAGCAAUUAUGAUAAACUGUUGAUAUUUUAGGACAAUUUUUGGUAUAGAUACAACAGAAUAGGGUUUGCUCCCACGAGUUUUCGUUGAAAAACUAACUGUUGAUCGUUCGUCGACCUGGCUGACAUUUCAAAAACCCGAGCGAGUCAAAGAAAAAGCUGUAGGUUUGCCAGUUGAAAGAUUUAGAUGCACCUUUUCACAUUGUAUUAUAUAAAAUUUGUGUUUUUCGAGUGGUACUUUUUUCCUUAAGAAGACAAAUGUUUAAUGGUACUUGUUAACUACAAGAGUUGGGCAGAGUAAAUAUUCCGAGUCUUGUCAUCUUGUUAUGCUAUGUCCGCUCUAAGCAGUUAUACUGAUUUUGUAGUAAUAUACAUGUACCUAUAAGUUGUAAAUAAAAGCAAUUAAAAAAUUAGGC